AUGGGUUGCUCUGCCAGCCAGGAGGAGUACGAUGAAAUUCCUGAGUCUGCUGAGUUCUUCCAGAGGUACGCACUCGGCAAAAAGCUUGGCGAAGGAGCCUUCGGUCAGGUUAGGUUAGCCACGGAGAUCACGACGAAGAAGGAAUUCGCAGUGAAGGUUGCCGAUGCGCGGGUACAAGAAACUCGCAAUGUUGUGGCCGUGAGCAAGCGAAGAAGAAGAAGCCUGGAGCGCGAGAUCGCCAUGUGGCGCAUAGCAAGCGCAGCCAAAGUCUCGCAAGUCACUUGCCUUUUCAAUGCCUACUACUGCGGUGGAUUCUACUACAUGGUCUGCGAGAAAGGCCAAAGAAACCUCAUGCAGCACCUCCUCAUGGUCAAGACUCUUACAGAGGAGGAAUUUGCCACGUUAGCGUCAGAGAUGCUGCAUGGAAUCCAGCACCUCCACACGGUAGGACUUGUGCACAGGGAUGUGAAGCCGGAAAACUUUUUGUGUGGCGAGAAACACGGGUUCCAGCUCAAGAUUUGCGAUUUCGGUCUCGCCCUGAAACAGCCGAAGAAGGGGAAGCUCACUGGGGUUGGUGGCACUGCUCCGUAUAUGGCCCCAGAGACAUUGGUGGUGACGAAGGGACUGCGAUCCAAACCCAGCUUUCACAAGGAGGUGGAUGUCUGGGCCUUCGGGGUGAUCCUCUACCUUAUCCUCUUCGGUCGUUUUCCCUAUAUGCCGCCUGGUGAGCCCACGGCUGACAGCAUGAAGCACGCCAUCAGAAGCAACGACCCCCCUCUCGAGUUCCAAGAGUCACAGUCCUCCCUGGCGUUGAAGCUGACCAGACGCGUGCUGGUACGAGACCCUCGUCAGCGUGUCACUGCCAGCGAGGCCCUGAAAGACCCCUUCGUUCUGAAGGCUUCUCAGCACGGCAAGCGAGGAAGUGACCUUCAAGUUUCCGUGCGAAACGUGAAGGACAUGGCCGAGAAGUUGAGGGAGUACCAAAUCAGCGAAAACACGCAGCAAGACUUGGAAAGCCGUCUGAAGACAGUGACGGCCAAAAGUGGCGGUAUCUGGUUCUCUGAAGGAGAUGACAAGACAUUAGUCUCGCCAACAACAUCACAGAAUUCUGUGAAUCUGCGCGCCGAUUCCAGAAUCAAGAAGGACAAGAAGCCGGUGUCUCGCGACAAGUUCGGAACACAUUCUGGUGUCAUGACCGAGGACACAGCGAACAAGCCAGCAGAAAGGGCAGCUUCGAUUCCUGAGGAACCUAGGUGA